AUGAGGGCAGCUGCAGGCUGCUUGGAAUAUGACAUGCUGCUCCUCUGGGGGCACUGGUGGGACAGUCGGCAUGCCGAAGGUGCUACUCCGAUAUUGCAUGUGAAACGUGAGCUACCGACCUCGGCUGCAGCUGUGAAAGGUCAGGCCGUGCCUGUGCAGCCGAAGGUUGCACCGAGUCUGGCGGUCGAUGGCCGCCCUCCAGCCUCAGGGCAAGCUGGUUUCAUUGUCCCAAAGGUCCCACCGCCUAAGGCAAAGGAGAUCCUGCAGACACCCAUGAAGACCAAACCUCAGAAAGAGGAGAGCCCCAGCAAGGAUGUUUCCAUGAGCCCGAACCCAGCCGGGGAUGUGCCCAUGACCACAGCACCCAAAGCGCCGAGCCCAUCAGAGAAUGUGCCCAUGACAACAGCACCCAAAGCGCCGAGCCCAUCAAAGGAUGUGCCCAUGACACCAGGACCCAAAGCACCGAGCCCAUCGAAGGAUGUGCCCAUGACACCAGGACCCAAAGCGACGAGCCCACCGAAGGAGGUGCCCACGACCACAGCUCAGACCCCAGCUCCUGUUUCGGGUGGCAAUCAGCUGGCGAUGGCGAGGACCCCGGGUGCCACACCCAUCAAAAGCCCGGAGUACAAGAAAGCCAGGAGGUGCCGACUGAGGAGUCUCUUCGUGCUGGAGAAGCAGCAGGAUCCCAACAUAUUAAACAAAAGACGAGUUGUGUUCGAAGGCUACUACGGCAUGAGAAAGCAGGACGUGCUUUGGUGUGAGCUUGCUCAGAUCGAAGAGGCAAUGCCAAUGGUAAAAUGGAUGGCAAGUGCGCUUCCAGUCAACUCCUCUGGUGUUGUUGCGAUCGAGGACUGCCGUGCUGAGCUGCUUGUGGACAUGUCAGGGUUGCCAAGCAGGUUGGAGUGCAUCAAUGCAGCUUGGUUGAAGUCUGCAGAAUGGGCACAGCUACAGCAGAAGAGUGUGACCAUGCUUGCAACAAUCCACAGCCAAGCCGAAAACAUGUUGCUGAAGCUUAACUCCGCCUUCCAAAAGGGUGAAAGCUCCCAAGAGCAGCUUCUGCGGCGCACUGCAGCCACGGAGCAGUGGAGGAGAAGCAAGACGAGCGAGGUCCAGCAGAGCCUGGACAAGGCAGAGGUUGCUGCGCUGGUGGCCAUAGACCACAGCUUCGAGCACAUCAUGCACAUGUGGGAGAUGUUCUGUGACAAGGCUGAGCAGGGGCUUGUCGAAGAUAUGCCGGGUUCAGAGGACAUAGCAGACCAGCUCAUCAUGGAUGAGUUGGAGCAGGCUAUGGGCAGCCUGGGGUUUGAAGAGGCUUGGCCUGGGUCAGGGUUCCUGCUUAGUUGCAUUAAAUUUUUUACACUGCGACUACAUAGUCCUCACUUAUAUUAG